UAAACGGUAACAGUACUGAAUAGUGAAUCAUUUACAGUAAUACAUAUCUAAUAUGAAACUCUUACUUAGUCUUUGUGCAGUAAUAUGUGUCACUAGUUUUGUUUGCAAUGCAGCAGGACCAGAUGAUGUAGCGGCUUGUUCUCGUGAAACUAACGUUGAUAUGAAUUUAUUGAACGAUAUUAAAGUAACUGAAAACUAUACUCCGCCCGAAAAUGUAAGAAAUUUUGCAGCAUGUGUUUACAAGAGGGAUGGUGUCAUGAAAGAAGAUGGUUCGUUGAAUAUGGAUUUUGGUAAUGGAAAGUUAGCUGAAGUCUGUAAAAUAACUAAUGCUGGAAAGGAUUUGACUGAAAACGUUGUAAUAUUAAUGAAAUGUUUCGUAGAACACAACGAAGCAGAGUUGAAUUCCAAGAACGGAGAAGAAUGAAUUGAUUGAUUCAUUCAUUAUAUAUGAAAUCAUAAUUUUAUCUGUUUUAAUUAACGUAAAUGUGUAUGUUUGUAUUAAAUAAUUACUUUCGGACUAAUACAUG